AUGGGAAUACCUGUAAGUCAUAGUGAACACCGUAGAACUACAAAACCGAGCCUGACCAGCGCCCAGGCUAAGAACAUGCCAGAAGGGUGGACCAACGACCCAUCUGAGCUUGAGGAAUUUUUUUCUCCUGGUUCUGGAGAGGCCGAUCUCGCCCAAUGCCAUGGACUGCGAGAUAUCAAACUUCUAGUGAUGGGAACCCGAGAUUCUGGAGAUAUGCAGCAUAUAAUCAAGUCAGGACGUCGUUAUUACUGGGGGUAUCUUAUGAUCGACUAUAUCUUCGAGAUUACGAACCCUAAGACUUUCCCGGCAAUUCUGCGUGCUCUUGCCACCAAGGGGGAUAGUGGUUUGAAGUAUAGAAAACUUAAGCAGGUGGAGACAGUUGAGAUGGAGCCCCGGGAGCAGAGGGUGGUUGAAGAAGAAGGCCCAAGGCUGUUUGUUCCUUACAAUCCAAACGCUCCUUCCGUGUCAGACAAGUGA